ACUAAAUAAGCAAUGAUGGCCGAAGCUCCGGAGGUAAAUUUGACGAUGCUUUCUCUAGAAUCGAUGGGCCAUCCCUUUCACUUUGAAUUUUGGAAGUUGAAAUACGACAACGAUGCCGAUUGGUCGACUCAAAAAUUAUGGUGGGGAGUGGCUCCGACAACCUUGGCCUUGGCCGAACCUCGAAAACGAACCUAUCAAACCGCCUUGCUUCAAUCCCAGAACUAUCAUUUAACAUUGAGCUGUGAACAACACCGGAAACCUCUUCCAGUAUCGCCCCCCAAAAUGACCACUUCACGAUUCUGUCUGGCCGUUUGCCUUACCGUGGCCGUCGUCUUGGCCCUGGUGUCCGGCGCCCAAAGUGAGUCCAGCAAAGCCCUGCCAACGUUGAACGGCAUCAAAGGGAUGCGGGUGGCUUCCGACCUCGCGGACAACCCGGCGACCCGGCUAGCGGCGGCCAUUGCAGCAGCCAAGGCCGCCAAAGAUCCGGCAGCCCUGAUGAACGUCCUUUACCUUUGCGCCAACGUGCUGUCCGUGUUGAUCUACAACCCGCCCAACUAUCUGCUCUUCGAUCAGCUGGAUUCGUUCUUCUACAUUAGCGAGCUGCUGCCCCAGGAGUACCAACUGAACUAUGUCAAACGGAUGUAAGCGAUGAAUAAAAUGUAGAAAAAAAAAUAUGUUGAUGAAUUGGCAACAA